UCUCCAAAUUCACAUAUUCUUGGAAAUAUCACUAAAACCUUUUGGGUUAAAUAGAAUAUUGGCCAAGAAAAGCCUGGUUGCUACCUCGAUCUUUACUCAAAUCUGUAUGUAUAUAUACAGUUAGAGAGAAAGACACGGCAUUUAGAGCUUUCUCAAAGGGUGAAAGCACCCUAGCUCACAGAGAUCUUAGCUGCUCUCUCUCUCUCUCUCUCUGGUCCCUGAAAAUCCAAAACCCCAUAACUUAUUUGUCCUGCACAUCCCAUCUCUCCACCAUAACCCCAGUCUUCGCACCCAUCAACUACUUAAAAAGAUCAAAGACAAAGACAAAGAGCAGAGCAGAGAAUCAAUCCAAGUGAAGAAAUGAAGAUCCGGUGCGAUGUGUGUGACAAAGCUGAGGCCACUGUGUUCUGCUCAGCAGAUGAAGCAGCUCUCUGCGAUGUCUGUGAUCGCCGUGUUCACCAUGCAAAUAAGCUUGCAAGCAAACACAAGCGCUUUUUUCUUCUCCAACCAACUUGCAAAGAUUCCCCUCAUUGUGAUAUCUGUCAGGAAAGGCGCGGAUUCUUCUUCUGUCAAGAAGACAGAGCAAUUCUUUGCAGGGAAUGUGACCAUUCAAUCCACAACGCCAAUGAACACACUAAGAAACACAACAGGUUUCUUCUCGCUGGUGUAAAGCUCUCUGCUGAUUCUACUCUGUAUCCAACUUCAUCAUCAUCAUGCUCUACCUUCUCUGAUGACAUAGUCAUCAUCAACAGUAGUGAUCAUGCAAGAGUAGCCUCCAAGUCAUCAACAAAGAGACCUAGAACAAGAUGCAAUGAACAAAAAUUGUCAUCCUCAUCAUAUAAGGUAGAGGAGAAUUGUUCUAUCAAUGACAAUGGUUCGGUGAUUUCAACAAACAGCAUAUCCGAGUACUUGAUGGGAGAUCAGAUCACCGAGUGGCGUGUGGAAGACCUUCUUGAUGUCUCAUUUGAAUUUGAUUGUUUCUGUGAGGUUGGAAGUGCACCUUACAUGUAGAGAGCUAACAAUAUCACUUUUGCAGAUAUUGCUUCUGGGAAAUGUUAGUUUUACUUGUUGGAACAAUCCAACUCUUUUUUUCAAUUUUUUUUUCUUUGUUUCCAAUUCAAUCACAUUCUCAUGUGUGAGAUUCGUGAUAUCUGAACCCU